AUUUACCUGAACAAAAAAUAUAAUAUACAAAAUAAUAAAAAAUAUCCUACCCUUGUAUUCAAUUUUAAAUCUGAUGGAAUUGGAAUAUUAUCAGCAACACCAACCCCAGAAGUCCAUGUUUGCGGUAAGGCAUUUGCAAGAACAAAUACUCCUGAUUGUCGUUUGGCCUCACAAGCUAUAAUAAAUGGUCAAGAUGCUAAUCCUAAAGCUUGGCCAUGGCAGCUACAUAUCACCACCAAUAAUACCGAUACCUGUGGAGGCAUACUUAUUCACCCGAAAUAUGCUAUAACGGCUGCUCAUUGCAUAGAAGAAGGGACAGUGCAGCACCACGUUUACGGAGGUUUAUUAGCUUUAAGCGAAAGACAUAAUACAACAAAUAAAGGCAAAACAUGGUGGGAAUCACCUGUUAAAAGGAUAACAAAUCAUCCAAAUUAUAUUCGCGGUAAAUGCGCUCAUGACAUAAGUUUAAUGGAGCUGGAAACACGUCUACCUCUUAACGAGAGAUUAAACCUAGUUUGCUUGCCUGAAAAUGGAGACACCCUGAGGGUUGAAGACUCUUGUUAUGUCACUGGAUGGGGAGAUACCGAGAAUGGUGCAAAAAAUGCUGCUCAAAUAUUGCAAGAAAUCUGCCUACCUUAUUUACAGCAGCUCGAUUGUAUUAACAAAAAUAGAAUCCUUGGUGAUGAUUUUUUUAAUAAUGGUCUUAUUUGUGCCGAUACUACUAACGGAAGAUACAGAGUUGGUAAGGGUGAUUCGGGAGGUCCAUAUGUAUGUCGAAAAAAUGGAGUUUGGAAAUUAUUUGGUGUUCUAUGUGCCAAUUCUCUCAGCAGAGGACAAAUUUUUUUAUCCAGCAUCGUUGAACAUCAUGACUGGAUUCAAAGAAACAUUAUAUAA